AUGAAGUACAACGCGAUGAGCCGGCUGAAACGGGGCCUGCAAGCGCUGAUGCGAAUAACCCCCCCCUACUCGGCCUGCUCGGCCACAGUAGACCCUCUUGACAAUGCCGAACCUGGGUCGAAUGCCCCACAAGUUCACAACACUGGCGAGCUUCCUCGGUCUAAGAACGGCACCAAGCGUCUGAGAAAAAUGUAUGCUCGCUUGCGAGGCAGCUUAUCCCAGGAAGAUGAUCCAAUCACGGACACACAGCCUCAAGCCGCAGUGGAGGAUACCCGCAAAGAGAGGCCACGAUCCAUACCCUUGUCCUCCAAUCCAUUCGACCCAGAUGCUGCCGCGGAGGCAUCCACAACCGCUUGCAAGUCUGUCAGAUUUGAUGAGCCAAAGGAUAGGCGGAAAGUCAGCGCUCAGACGACGCUUUCUCAGGAGUCUAACCAGACUGAAGAUACUGUUUGUCGAGACCCGGCCCGGCAUAUCGCGAUGCCCAUCCAGGAACCAUUGGAGUGGGAAUGGCCUGGGCUAAUGCUUUAUGACGCUGAUACUAGCACCAAUACUCAUGCUCUUGAGGGUUCGGACCCCUUCUCAGAUGGGAAGGCCACCGACCGACAAGUAAAGACGGGAUCUUCGAGGCAUAGUGCAGGCACAAGCCGAGAGGAAUCAAGGACUUCUGAAGGUACACUGGAGCCUAUCGUUGAGACUGAUUUCGACACAAUUGAGCCAGUUAUCGAGCCAGCUCAGCCAGAAGGUGCGGGCUCCCAGAGGGCAAGUUCGGCGAACAGCCAAACAAGCUGCACUAGCACACUGGACUCACCAAAGGCUAUCUCGGCCUUCAACCGGAUGGCGUCUCAGUUCGGUAUUCCGAUUGCGAUUCCACUUGAUGAUUCUCCACCAGCAGAAGGCAAUGCCGAGCAACAAGGCUCGAGUCGUCGUGAAAUUAGAUUGUUGGGCAAAGUUCGCAAGGUGCGAUCCAGCCUGGCCCCCGACACAGCACCUUUGGCACCCGUUCCUAAGCUGCGACGAAUGAAGACUUUCGCCAAUCUGCGCCGUCCCGAUCCGAUGACGUCGUUGCAAGGAAGAUCGAUCGAGACUUUGGCUCGCCUUGGAGGACACGGCUAUCUUAUGCUGACGGAGCUGGCCCCCUGUCCCGUGCAGCUACCCGCAUACAUUGUGGCGACGCUGAUGUUUCUGCAUAAAUAUGGUCUUGACACUCCCGAGAUCUUUAUCCAUUCCGGCGAUCUGAAAGCCGCCAUUCGCUUAUAUGAUCAUUUUGCUAGCCAAGUGCUCGAGGCGGAGAAAGAUGAAUCUAAGAUAUCCCUUACUAUGCGUGUGGUUGCCAUGCCGCAGCUUCGUGACGAUUCGGCGCCCGUGCUGAGUGUGGCCUGGGCCUUGAAAGCCGUGCUGGCGGGGCUUCCAAACGGGAUCCUCGGGAGUGUCCGGCUCUACCAGACCCUCAGGUCGAUGUACUACCACUCGAUACCCGAUAAAUGCUAUCACCUCCGUGUGCCCGAUUGUAUCUCUGAGGCGAGCCCAACGACUGCCGCCCGAGUACAGCUUAUGUGUCUUGCACUCAUUGCCCUUGCGACUGAGAUGCAACGGGAUCUUAUCUGUGCGAUCUUUGGACUACUUUCCUUACUGGUGAAUCCGGAUAUCGUCCAGGAGCAGCCCGGGAUGGAGCUCCGUGAUCCAGUGGCAAGUCCGAACUUCCACGAGUUGGUGCGGGUGUUUGGACCGCUCCUCCUCGGAUCCAGACAAGACCGAGAUGGCACCGAAGUGGAACAGGAGAUUGAUGACCAACGUGUAGCAGGAUUGAUGCUCAAUAAUUGGCAUUUUGUGCAUCGACAGUUGCGAUCUUGGACGAGAGGACGCUAUGUGGUGGGCAGGGAAUAA